CUACCGCUGGCUCUAGCUGCAUGCACCAACCAACCAGAGAUAGUUACACUUCUCCUGAACCACCCGGGAAUAAAGAUUGGAGAGCAGGACUCAAGGGGGAACACAGUCCUGCACGCACUGGUCACUAUAGCAGACGACACGGUGGACAACACAAAGGUUGUUACCGAAAUGUACAACAAGAUCCUGAUCGAAAACAAACAGACCAACCUGGAGGAGAUAAAGAACGUAAAAGGACUGACCCCAUUACAGCUUGCAGCCAAACUGGGCAAGUUUGAGAUAUUCAGGAGUAUCCUCGGAAGAGAAAUGAAAGACAAGGAGCACAUGGAUCUCUCUCGGAAAAUUACUGACUGGGCGUAUGGUCCCAUUUCGUCUUCACUCUAUGACAUCACUGGAGUGGACACGUUCGAGAAGAAUUCCGUUCUGAAAGUUGUCGUCUUUAACACAAAGAUCCAGGCAAGCAAUUUCCAAUUAGACACUUCCAGCUUCCAGCUCAUCAUCUCUGCAUCAACAAAGCUUCCUUUGACAGGAAAACAAGUGACGGUGCUGAAUUGGAUUGAAACAGUUAUUUGAAAGACAGGUUAUCUCUCCCCUCACUGAAACCUUUCCCUUUCUCCAAGAACUGAUUUAACCAGCGACACUGAUCGCUGGUUACACAACCUGUCAAAUAGAAUGAUGCACCUUCUGCAUUCUAUUAACUCAUCCACUGUCUAUCCCUGAGAAUACAUUUCCCUCGACACCAUGGGCUCUCACUUUAUGUUGGAACAUUCAAUGUGGCAUAUUGUUAUAUACCUUCCGGAAAUUAGAUUAACUGCCUCCCCAUUAUUCAUAUUAGCUGUUAUUUCCUUAAAGAAUGCUAAUGGAUUAGUCAAACCCUAUUUCCCUUUCACAAAUCCAUUUUAACUCUGUGGGGUUAUGUUAAGAUUUUACACUCCUGCUAAUAAACUUCUUGAAUAGAUUCCGGCAUUUUCCCCAUGGUAGAUGCUGGACUGACCGGCCUGCAGUUUUCUGCUUCAACAAUCUCCUGCAGUUGGAUGGAGGAGUCCGGUUUGCUAGUGACAAUCUGGCAGCACCUUUUCUAAAAUCCAGGGAAUGUUGGAAAAUUAGAACCAAUUCACAGAACAACAAAGAACAAAGAAAAUUUACAGCCCAGGAACAGGCCCUUCGGCCCUCCAAGCCUGAACUGAUCCAA